UUUCAGUAUUCAAUAACCUUGCUUUACUCUGCAGCUAACUUCUCUGUCCCAUUGCAGCCAUUUCAUAGCUAACUCUUUGAAAUUUCAGCUUACUCUUCUUUGCUUCUUUGCUUCUUUGCUUCUUGCUCAUAACGAUAACUUAAAAGCCUUACGUUCAGAUAGAUAAUCAUUGACCAGUCCAUCCUAUAUCAUUCUAUUUAAUUUAGAAAUGCUGAAAGAAAAACGCAAGCAAUCCAAAGAUGAAGAAAACGAUUCAUCCUCGCGAAAGAGAAGAAAACCUGACCUCAGUAAGCCUGUCAGUUUUGUCUCCACAGCUGCCAUGACAGAGCCAGAGUCUUCUCGAUCUAGACCUGAAGGGACCUAUGAUGUCUUCUUGAGCUUUAGAGGAGAAGACACUCGCAAGAAAUUUACAGAUCAUCUCUAUACUGCCUUGGUCCAAGCAGGAAUCCACACUUUUCGAGACGAUGAUGAACUUCCUAGAGGAGAAGAAAUCUCCAAACAUCUCCUCAAGGCAAUUCAAGAAUCCAAGAUCUCCAUAGUUGUCUUCUCAAAAAGAUAUGCUUCUUCUAGAUGGUGUCUUAAUGAACUAGUAGAGAUUCUUAAGUGCAAAAAUCCGAAGACUGUUCAGAUUGUUCUUCCUAUAUUCUAUGACAUUGAUCCUUCAGAUGUGAGAAAACAGACUGGCAGUUUUGCAGAAGCAUUUGAUAAACAUGAAGACCAUUUUAAAGAGAAGGUGAAGGAGUGGAGAAAAGCUCUUGAGGAGGCUGGAAAUCCAUCUGGAUGGAAUCUCAAUGAUAUGGCAAAUGGGCAUGAAGCAGAAUUUAUCAAAGAGAUUAUCAAGGAUGUGUUGAAUAAAUUAGAUCCCCAGUACUUUUGUGUUCCUGAGCACCUAGUAGGUAUGGAUCGGCUUGCUCGUAAUAUUUUUGACUUUCUAAGUACUGCAACAGAUGACGUACGCAUUGUGGGCAUACAUGGGAUGCCAGGAAUAGGAAAGACCACUAUAGCAAAAGUUGUAUUUAAUCAACUCUGCUACGGAUUCGAGGGAAGCUGCUUUCUUUCGAAUAUCAAUGAAACAUCAAAACAAUUCAAUGGUCUGGCUCUUUUACAAAAGCAGCUUCUUCAUGAUAUUUUAAAACAAGAUGUUGCUAACAUCAAUUGUGUCGAUAGAGGAAAGGUUCUGAUCAAAGAACGACUUUGUUGCAAAAGAGUUCUUGUUGUUGCUGAUGAUGUGGCUCGUCAGGAUCAGCUAAAUGCUUUGAUGGGAGAGCGAAGUUGGUUUGGUCCCGGAAGUAGAGUGAUUAUUACAACAAGAGAUUCAAGUGUUCUACUUAAAGCAGAUCAAGCAUAUCAGAUCGAAGAAUUGGAACCAUAUGAGUCCCUUCAGCUUUUCAGCUGGCAUGCCUUGAGGGACACAAAGCCAACAGAAGAUUAUAGUGAGCUUUCGAAGGAUGUAGUUGAUUACUGUGGAGGACUUCCUUUAGCUCUUGAGGUUAUGGGUGCUUGUCUGUCCGGGAAAAGCAGAGAUGGUUGGAAAUGUGUAAUUGACAAAUUGAGAAGAAUUCCACACCACGAUAUUCAAGGAAAGCUUAGAAUAAGUUUUGACGCACUGGACGGUGAAGAACUACGAAAAGCAUUCCUUGAUAUCGCAUGCUUCUUUAUUGAUAGAAAGAAAGAAUACGUCGCAAAAGUGCUAGGAGCCCGUUGCGGUUACAAUCCAGAAGUUGAUUUGCAAACUCUCCAUGAAAGUUCUCUGAUUAAAGUAUUGGGAGAGACGGUAACCAUGCAUGAUCUAUUACGAGACAUGGGAAGGGAGGUCGUUCGUGAAACGUCUCCAAAAGAACCUGGAAAGAGGACCAGAAUUUGGAAUCAACAGGAUGCAUGGAAUGUAGUUGACCACCAGAAGGGUACGGAUGUUGUAGAGGGUCUUGCACUGGAUGUCAGAGCAUCAGAAGCUAAAUCACUUCGCGCAGGAUCAUUUGCAGAAAUGAAAUGCUUAAAUUUACUCCAAAUCAAUGGAGUACAUCUCACCGGAUCCUUCAAACUGCUUUCUAAAGAGUUGAUGUGGAUUUGUUGGCAUGAAUGUCCUUUGAAAUGUUUUCCAUCUGAUUUUACCUUGGACAAUCUAGCUGUUCUUGAUAUGCAGUACAGUAACCUCAAAGAACUAUGGAAGGGUAAAAAGAUUCUCAACAAGCUAAAAAUCCUCAAUCUCAAUCAUUCUCAAAACCUUAUUAAAACACCAAACUUGCACAGUUCAAGUCUAGAGAAACUAAUUCUGGAAGGUUGCUUGAGUUUAGUUGAAGUCCAUCAAUCUAUUGGAAAUUUGACGAGCCUUGUUUUCUUGAAUCUGGAGGGAUGUUGUAGUAUGAAGAUUCUCCCUGAAAGCAUUGGCAAUGCAAAGUCUCUUGAAACUCUGAAUAUUUCCAGGUGUUCACAACUUGAUAAAUUGCCAGAACGCAUGGGUGAUAUGGAAUCCCUAACUGAGCUGCUAGCCGAUGGGAUUGAAAAUGAGCAAUUUCUCUCUUCAAUUGGACAAUUAAAGCAUGUCAGAAGGUUAUCAUUGCGUGGAUGCAAUCCGGCUCCACCAAGUUGUUCUUUGAUUUCAGCAAGUGUUUCAAAUUUGAAACGUUGGCUGCCAACAUUUUUCACUGAAUGGAGAUUAGUGAAACGUCUUAAGCUUUCUAAUGGUGGUUUGUCUGAUCGCGUAACUAACUGUGUUGAUUUUAGGGGUUUGUCUGCUCUAAAAGAAUUGGAUCUAUCAGGAAACAAAUUCUCUAGCCUGCCUUAUGGGAUCGGCUUCCUUCCCAAGCUACAGGUCUUGUGUGUUCAGGCAUGCGAAUAUCUUGUAUCAAUCCCAGAUCUUCCCUCAAGUUUAGACACUUUGAAUGCAUAUUGUUGCAAAUCAUUGGAAAGAGUAAUGUGCAACGGUUGUCAUGGGUACUGUAUUUCCUGCUUUCCUGGUGGUGAGAUGCCAAAAUGGAUGAGCUACAGGGGAGAAGGAUGCUCAUUGUCAUUCCAUAUACCUCCAGUCUUCCAUGGCUUAGUUCUUUGGUUUGUCUGUCCAUAUACCCAACGUUAUUACCCACAUACUAACAUUAUUAGUAUUAAAAGAAAUAAAAGCAACGGUAUUCAAUUGUUUGAAGAAAAACGAAUAGCAGAAGCUGGGGGAUGGAUAGGAUACAUAAGUAGAAGUGAAAUGGCAAUGGAAGAUUACUGUGCAGAUGACGAAUUCGAACUAUACAUUUCUUCAGAGUCAUCAGAGUAUGCAGUGCGCAACGGUUUCCCACUCUUACCCGUUAAAGAAUGUGGGGUCCACGUGAUCGCGGAGAAGUUAGAUUCAUUUGAAGAGUCGGCGGUGGGAAGAGAUACAACGAUGCCUUCACCAAUGCUGUAUCAUCUGUUUCCUCACCCCCAUUGUGGUCCAAUUAUAGCGUCUACACCAAACCAAUGGAGUGACUAUUUAUUUUCGAAGCUGCAAAAACAGAGCCCCAAUUUAUUACUUAAUGGACUGGAAUAUUGGCCUUCAUUGACUUGAGAUGAGAGUACAAGAUCAUUUUACAUAGAGAUGCUUGAAGUUGCUCCAAAUCAGUGCAAUACUUUCAUCUGACAUGUUGAUAUGUAUUUGUUGGCUUGAAGAUUAUUUUCCAAGCUUGGAAGUUUUAUUGAAUUCUCUUUGAAAUCUUUUCCAUC